UGUUUAUGAGCUUUUAGAUUGAUGCAUAUUAUGGGUUCGAUUAAAAUUCUGCAUUGGAUUUGUAUUAUUCAUUUCUUUUUAAAUAUUUGCUUUUGAUAUGUGGGUUCUUUCGAAAACCAAGAUUUGAUGUUGAAACACUUGGAAAUUUACUGCCUUUUGAAGAGAUCGUUUUAACUUCACAAAAGUAGGUUUUCAUUUUCUUUGUCCAUUUCAUUGUAAAAAUUUCGUUUCUUGAUACGUGGGUGUUGCCAAAAGCAAAUUUUGAUAUUUUGGGUGUUGCCAAAAACAAGUUUUGAUGUUGCAACACUUGGAAAUUUACUGCCUUCUGAAGAGAGUAAUAACUUCAUUUUAGCUUCACACAAAUAGGUUUUCAUUUUUUAGUUUCAUUUAAUUAUAAAAUUUUGUUUUUGAUAUGUGGGGUGCUGCCAAAAACAAGUUUUUGUGUUGGAACACUUGGAAAUUUACAGUCUUUUGAAGAGAAUAAUAAUUGCAUAUUAAAUUUUAGAAAGUGGAUAUUCGUUGGGUUAAUUUGUAAACACCCUUUAAGGAAUGACGUUGGUUCCGUAAUGUAAAUGUGGGAGGCUACAAGGGAUUGAUUUUGUAGAAGGAGGUGUGGAAUUUGUGAGAAAUCAGAAGCAAAACAAUAAGUUUGUGUUUUGUUUUUGUCUAUAUUUGUAGUUUUAGAGUCUGUGAAGAGUGGUUUAACUAUUGAAAGUUUAUGAAAAGAUGUCUUCAAAAAUUGCACAAAUACGCCUUGUCCAUUCACAUCCUGAGGUUUAUGAACCAUGUGAUGAUUCUUUCGCUCUAGUUGAUGCACUUCUAGCGGAUCGAGUUAACUUGUUAGAGCAUCGUCCAACUUUGUGCAUGGAAGUGGGUUGUGGUAGUGGAUAUGUUAUAACUUCUUUAGCUCUUAUGCUCGGGGAGGAUGAUUCUGGGAUUCACUAUCUUGCCACUGAUAUAAACCCUCACGCAGUCCAAGUAACCCAUGCUACAUUGGAAGCACAUGGUGUUCAUGCAGAGUUGAUAAACACCAGCAUCGCAUCAGGACUGGAAAAGCGUCUGGCAAGGUCAGUUGAUGUGAUAGUUGUGAAUCCACCAUAUGUACCAACACCUGAAGAUGAAGUGGGUCGUGAAGGAAUAGCCUCUGCUUGGGCUGGAGGAGAGAAUGGCCGGAGCGUUAUUGAUAAGAUAUUGCCCAUUGCUGAAAAACUCUUAUCAGAUAGAGGCUGGUUAUACCUGGUGACUCUUACCACUAACAAUCCUUCACAAAUAUGCCUCCAAAUGAGGGAGAAGGGUUAUGCCUCAAGAAUUGUCAUCCAGAGGUCAACAGAAGAAGAGAAUCUACACAUCAUCAAGUUCUGGCGGGAUUUUGAAAUUCAAUUGACUACAAAGGAAGUGCCAACAAACAAAACAGUUCCUUCAAGAGUCAUGGACACCCUGCUUUCGCAAGUUCAUCGAUUGUCAUUUAAGAAAAGUAGCAACAGCAGCAGCAGUUGAUGUAGGAGCAGUGGUGAAAUGAAAAUGUAAGUGAAUUUACUCUGGAAUGUAGAGAUAUGUUGUGCUCUAAUUUGAUGAUCUAAUACUCACAUUUUUUUUUCCUCGGACUGAUAUUAUGGGAAUAUGGAAGCAUGUUGACGAUUCAUUCGGUGCCACAGGGGGUUACUAGUUGGAAGUUCAGUGAUUCAGUAGUAACAAUGAUUUUGUUACGACGAGCAAUGGCACAAUCAAAUCACAGGAUGAGCCGGGUCUUUCAUCUGGGCAUGUGCGUUGUUCUGGUACUUGGAAUAGCAACUAGCCAGUGAUGAUAUAUUGAGUUAACUUGUGGUCUCUUGGAGUAAUCAACCUCAUUUAUAAUUGGCGUAUACGGCGACUACUUUUCUUUUGUUCCCUUGAUUCCAAUCUACUAGUUAUUUAUGUAUAGACUGUUGAUGGCAGUCCUUAACUAAAUGACAUAUAUUUUUGUCCAGUUCACUCUGUGCUUUGUAUGCAUUUGUAGAUCAUCUUGGGUCUUUGAUCUCAUUUUGAUGCUUUUAAUAACACCUAUGCGUUUCAGACAAUCAAAGGGCUAGUUUCC